UAGUCUAUCACUGUCAAUAUUCACACAACUGACAAUGACAACAAUUUAUCAAACUUUCAACAUAACCUAGAAUUUUGUAUUUUGUGAAUUUAUCAAAAAUUCGUAAAAUACUUGCGCAAAAUGUUAACAAGAUUUCGUCUGAGAAGAGAUUUUAGGAUUGUGUCUAGGUAUUUCUCAGAUAAAUCUGAUAGCGAUGAAAAUAUAUCACAAAUAAAUAAGAAAUCACAAGAUGUGAACAAGAAGAAAGAUGAAAAUACUGAAAAAAUUCAAGAGUUGCUGAAAUCAAUGAUGGCUCAACCUAAAAUAUCGGAGAGUGAGUACAGGGAGAAGUUUGCGACCGCCCCGGACAUACCAAGAAGGAGGAAACAAAGGCCAGAUGAGAUUGAAGUAAAAACAGAGAAAAUUGAGGAAGACAUUACCAAAGCAGCUAGUAAUGUCGCUCAGGCUAUAGGUGGAGAUGUGAAGCAGACGGAAGCAGAGUUGUUGUCCAAAGUGCUUGGCAAAAUCAACCAAUCUUCUACUACAUUAAGUGAUCUUCUAAUUGGGAUGAAAGUAGACCGUUCAAAGGAUGGUGAUGACCUCCGAAAAGAUGCGAAGAUGGACAGAGGUCAACAAGUAAAACGGCUUGUUAGCAAAACCCAAGAGGAGUUACAGAGGACUCGGUACUCACAGAGGAAGAAGGAACCUCUGAUGAGAGCUGAAAGGUCAUCAAAAAGCUUACCACAAGCAGCCACUGUCAACAUAUUCGGCGGUGAACCCCUUGGCAUCUUCAAGGCCAACGAAGGCAACCUUGGCACGAAACUAGACGUGUGGGAUGGUCUGAAGCAGCGAGAAUUGACUCUGGCCACAUCUCAACCGCCAGCCAAUUACUUCCAGAAAAUGAUCCUGUGGACCGAGCAGGGGAAAGUGUGGAAGUUCCCUAUCAAUAAUGAACAAGGUUUAGAAGAAGAACAGACCAUCCCAUUCACAGAGCACAUAUUCCUUGACUCCCAUCUUGAAGGCUGGUGCCCAAAGAAAGGGCCCAUAAGGCAUUUCAUGGAACUCGUGUGUGUGGGACUUUCGAAAAACCCUUUCUACACGGUGCAAGAGAAGAAGGAUCAUAUCAUGUGGUACAAAGAGUAUUUUGAGUCCAAGAAGGAUCUACUGACGGAAGUGGGGGCGUGGGACUCUGCAAAAACAAGUAGUGAGGCGUCUACGUAAAUUGAUAUGCAUUUUAUAAAUAUAGGUAUUAGUUAUU